AUUUAUAUUUCAAUUUCAUGCACUUAGUAGUCUAGUCAGCAAUAGCUUGUAAUGAGUCACUGCAUCUGAGUUCUCAAUAUUAUUGUGCUGAAUGAAUACUCGUACUUGCACAAUUUACAUUGGGACGCUAUAGGAGUUACGUAACCGACGCAGGUUUCAGCAAAUCAAAAUGAAGCGGCGGCAAUGGCUACGUCUCCUGCUGACCGUAUUAAUUGUCAUAUUUUCAAUAUCUUUUGUUGUUCAAAUGUACAUAUAUUCGGUUGGAAAUUACAUCAAAUCAAAGCCAAUGAAGUACGCAAGACGGUUACAACGAAAUACACCAACGAGAGGUGUACUUAUUGUAACCAACUAUCGAUCUGGAUCAAGUUUCGUUGGUGAACUUUUCAACCAGCAUCCAAAUGUGUUUUAUACGUACGAGCCGCUCGUUCCUGUCGACCUUCAAAAUAUGACCAGUAUUGUGGAUACGUUACGGUCAACUUUGAGUUGUAAUUUUCGAAAUUUGAUUGAGGAUAAUUCUGAAAUCGACAAAUUGAAAUGGACAGGCCAGAAAUGUGUCAUGAACAAUAUUUGUUUCAGAACAAGGACAAAGGAACUUUGUAGUGAACGGUUCUGCGCUGCACCAAUUUCGUGUGCAAAAUGCAGACGAGUGGAAACACAUGAACUAAACUCAAUAUGCGAAUCUAAGGCUAUUUCUGCGACUAAAGUUAUCAGAUUACGAAGUUUAUCAAUACUGGAAACUUUGAUGCAGGACAAGAAAAUGGAUUUAAAGAUUUUACAUUUGAUCAGGGAUCCUAGGGGAAUUGCCUCCUCCAGGAAAAAAUUGAAUAAUUACAACGAUAUGGUGGGAACAUGUGCAAGAAUGUACAAUAAUGUGAAUUUGAGUUUAAUAAAACAGCCGGAAUGGCUGAAGGGCAGAUAUAAACUAAUAAGAUAUGAAGACGUUGCUAUCAAUCCAAUAAAGAUGGUAGAAAAAAUUUAUGACUUUGUUGGACUUGACAUGACUGAUUCAAUACGAAAGUGGAUUCAUAUAAACACGCAGGGCGAGAUUGCCAUCAGUAAAGACGCUCGUUUGAAGAAAAUGUUCAUGAGGAGAAGAAAAUUGAUAAGGAUCAAAUACCAACAAUUCAAACAACUUGUUUUAUCAGAUGCAUACACCACUAUUAGAUAUUCAAAUGCAACCUGGCAAUCGUGGCGUAAAGAAUUGAACAACUCAGAUACUGAUGCUAUUCAAACUCAGUGCAAAGAUGUUAUGAAACUGUUCGGUUAUAAUUUGUUACAUCCCGAAACCAAACAAUUAGUCGAUUUCCGGAUAUUAAAUCCAUUAGCUUCAUUUGAUGAAAGAACGCUUACUGUAUGACGUAUGCACAUUCAAAUAUCAGAAUAUAAAUACCUCGCAACAGCAUUACUAAUAAAAUACCUCAAUGAGAUACUGGAUACGAAGAAAUUGAACAUUUUUCUUACUUUAGAAUCGAAACAGUCCUCGCUGCCGCGGAGACUUUGCACAUUUUUGUUUCUGUUAUAUCACGUGCUACAUUCAGUAGGGGUGUUAUGCCAUUUUGCUAAUAAUAUUAAAGUGCCAUUCAAAUGCUUUCUUAAUUUUAUAAUACCAGUCUUAUAGUUAGUAUUUUCCAUUUUGUUGCUUUAUUUUCUAAUUGCCAAAGAAAAUUUCUGCUAUGCGUUUAAAUUCGCCCAGGCCAUCUUUAUCUACAAUAAUUUAUUGCAAAAACCAUUUUUCAAAACUGUAGGAUUUUUGCCAUUCGCUGACUUCCACAAUAAAAAAGCGGAAACUGUUUAUAUUAUUGUUAUUUGCUUUGUUAGACAAUUUGUGAGUCUAAGUUACUUUCUACUAAAAGUAUAUUGUUAAAUGCAGAUUUACAUGAUAAUUUAAUUAUUAUGUUAAGACCUAUUUUCCUUAUGGACCCCACGUAAAAAUUAUACUUUUUAUUCUCCACACCCUCUAACUAUGUUUUUGUAAUAUUCUUGCAAUGUAUUUUUUUAUUUUUGAUACUGACUUUUCUGCGGAGUAAAAAAUAUUUCACAA